GAUUGGUUGAUAAGUCGCCGGCGAGUCGUAUAGAGGCGGGGCUAAGGUUAGCUUCCGGUUGGGCGGUUCUUGCGCGCGUGAGCUGAGCCGGUGGGUGAACGGUGGCCACGGCAGGCUGAGCUGUGCAGGCUACGAGUAAAGAUCUAAUUAUCAUGGACCUGCGACAGUUUCUUAUGUGCCUGUCCCUGUGCACAGCCUUUGCCUUGAGCAAACCCACAGAAAAGAAGGACCGUGUACACCAUGAGCCUCAGCUCAGCGACAAGGUUCAUGAUGAUGCUCAGAGUUUUGAUUAUGACCAUGAUGCCUUCUUGGGUGCUGAAGAAGCAAAGACCUUUGAUCAGCUGACACCAGAAGAGAGCAAGGAAAGGCUUGGAAAGAUUGUAAGUAAAAUAGAUGGCGACAAGGACGGGUUUGUCACUGUGGAUGAGCUCAAAGACUGGAUUAAAUUUGCACAAAAGCGCUGGAUUUACGAGGAUGUAGAGCGACAGUGGAAGGGGCAUGACCUCAAUGAGGACGGCCUCGUUUCCUGGGAGGAGUAUAAAAAUGCCACCUACGGCUACGUUUUAGAUGACCCAGACCCUGAUGAUGGAUUUAACUAUAAACAGAUGAUGGUUAGAGAUGAACGGAGGUUUAAAAUGGCAGACAAGGAUGGAGACCUCAUUGCCACAAAGGAGGAGUUCACAGCUUUCCUGCACCCAGAGGAGUAUGACUACAUGAAAGAUAUAGUAGUACAGGAAACAAUGGAGGAUAUAGAUAAGAAUGCCGAUGGUUUUAUUGAUCUAGAAGAGUAUAUUGGUGACAUGUACAGCCAUGAUGGAAAUGCUGAUGAGCCAGAGUGGGUAAAGACAGAGCGAGAGCAGUUUGUUGAGUUUCGAGAUAAAAAUCGUGAUGGGAAGAUGGACAAGGAAGAGACCAAAGAUUGGAUCCUCCCCUCAGACUAUGAUCAUGCAGAGGCAGAAGCCAGGCACCUGGUCUAUGAAUCAGACCAAAACAAGGAUGGCAAGCUUACCAAGGAGGAGAUUGUUGACAAAUAUGAUUUAUUUGUUGGAAGCCAGGCCACAGAUUUCGGAGAGGCCCUAGUACGACAUGAUGAAUUCUGAGCUACAGACAGAGGAACUCGCAUUUCCUCAAAAGUAAUUUAUUUUUACAGCUUCUGGUUUCACAUGAAAUUGUUUGCGCUACUGAGACUGUUAUUACAAACUUUUUAAGACAUGAAAAGGCGUAAGGAAAACCAUCCCGUCCCCAUUCCUCCUCCUCUCCGAGGGACUGGAGGGAAACCGUGCUUCUGAGGAACAACUCUAAUUAGUACACUUGUGUUUAUAGAUUUACACUUUGUAUUACGUAUAACAUGGUGUGUUUAUUUUUGUAUUUGUUCUCUGGUUGGGAGUAUGAUAUGAAGAAUCAAGAUCCUCAACUCACACUUACAAGCAUACAUUAGCCCUUGACUCUUUCUCAACUCUUAUCAUAGAAUUUUUAUAAUUCUCACUUAACUAAUUUUUGAAGCCUGAGAUCAAUAAGAAUUGUUCAUGAGAGAUAAAAGGAAAAAAAAAUACUCCAUAGUUCUACAACUUAUAUUUAGAUAGGUGACACUUAAUCUUGCCUAUUGAAAAGUCUGAUAUUUCACAAAUAGGAGGAGCCAUGUAUUACAUCAGUUGCUCACAGAUCCAGCAAUCUGAUCCUGCCAUUAUCUGCACAAGGACUGAUCCCUGUGCAUUAAGAAAAUUUGGCCCAAAUUGAUUUCAUACCCCACUCCCCCAAACAAGCUGUUUGCUAAUUUUAUCAAGCACAGCUGUGGUGGUAAGAGUUCGGGCCAGUGUUUUGGAAAUCAGGUAGUGAAUGUGAUCUCCUCAUAGAGCUAUAGAUAGAAACAGCUAGAAAAACUAAAGGAAAAAUACAAGUGUUUUUAGGGCAUACAUUUUUUUCUGGGUAGGGAUAUGUUGAAAUGCUCAUGACAUAAUUAUUUGCCUGUUAAAGUCCCUGUAAGUGCCCCAUCUCGCUCCUCUCCUCAGGUGUGCCAAGGAUUUAAUCUUGGUUUCACUACAAUUAAUAUUCAGUCCUUUCCAAUCACAUCAUUGUAAGUGCCUUUACUGAGAGAAAUGGUCACUGAAUGGGAAUUCUCUUAAGAAGCCGUAAGAUAAAAUAGAUUAUUUGGACACCUUUUAUGAAAGAUUAGAACCUCCCAAUAUAGUAGGGAUUUUUUUUUCCUUCCCUCUCUCUUUUGAACAAUAGUUAAA